GAGGAGGCUCACCUCGUACAGGAGAGUUCCUUGCAGAUGGUCCGGGAGCUUCAUCGCCACCUAUGGGCCAGCCGCCCAGGAGUAUCUCUAGUGGUUCAGGCUCUUCAUCUUCAUUCACUGGUCCGAUUGGCACAAGAAGUGAUGUUGGUGAAUCGCCUGCUGGUGCGGCAAGCUCUGUGUCUGGUGCAUCGGCUGGCAGAUCGCCUGUUGGCGCAGCGCAGGAAGCCAGAGGUACCACGGCGCGCAGGGUGCCAGCUGAACCUCAAGGGGGAUGCUGUAAUCAAGGAGGCUACUCGUUUUUGUCGCUUUCCGAGGUGAAGCCUCCGUCGGGAUUCCAGAUGGGUCUGUGGCAGGGAGCCUUGCUUUGUGUUGGCGUUCUCGGGUUGUGGCGCUGCACGAGGCGCCGCGGUGCUGCACGAGGCGCCUUGGUGGGAGAUCUUUUUUCGGGAGACAAAGACUUCGACUUGUCUUGUAUUCUUUAA